AAGUCUGGCGCUGCUGUCUGGGAUUCUUAAAGGCGACGCGCCGCUGGCUGCAGCAGACGAAGAGAACAUUUAAAAAAGAUGAUUGUCCAAGUUGAGGCCGUGAGAAAAGCGGCAGGUCGAACUGCCACCUGCUCCCGCAGACGCUGGACUCCUCGGGGCUGCAGUGUCAACUGAAGUUGUGAGUCUGAAUCGGCUUUUUGUUCGCGGCGCCUCGAAGCUAGCAGAUGCAGUCCCUGCCAGCAGAAGUGGGCAGCAGCUCAGCUCCCGGUGAUGCAGGCGGCUCGGUGGUGCAGGUGUGCUUUCCCGGUGCUCAGGCCUCAGUCCUGGACAGCCUGAACCGGCAGAGAGAAGACGGCCAGCUCUGCGACCUCUCCAUCCACGUCCAGGGACAAGUCUUCAAGGCGCACCGCUGCGUCCUAGCCGCCUCCUCACCGUACUUCCAUGACCAGGUCCUACUAAAGAACAUGUCGACUGUCUCCAUCCCGGCAGUGAUGGACCCGCUGGCGUUUGAGAGCGUGCUGAGCUGCGCCUACACGGGUCAACUCCGAAUGCUGCGCGAUGACAUCGUCAACUACCUCACAGUGGGCAGCGUCCUGCAGAUGUGGCACAUCGUGGAUAAGUGUACGGAGCUGCUCAAAGAGAGCCGGGCUUCAGCGGGGGGCGGGGGAGGUGGCAGCGUGCUGGACGCUGCCAACGCUGGCGGAGGUUCAGCUAACCUGAGGUGUAGCAGCAGCAACAGUGAUGGCGGCUCAGGUGACGCUGUGGCUGUCAGUGAAGGCAAAGAUGGGGAUCAAGCCCAGGUCGCGGAGUCCCAAGAACCUCAUCGUGCCCCCCAGCCCCCCAGCCGGCCGUCAGUGAGCGAGAGUCAGUCUCCAAGCAGCACCAACUACUUCAGCCCCAGGGACGGGAGCGCUUUUGGAGGAAGAGGUGCCGCAGUGGCCGGGCCUUCUGCCGAUGACGGAGGGCAGAGCAACACGCCCAGCUACUGCACGCCGUCCGGAGGAGAGGAGGCCUUUCUGGUGGAGGAAGAAGAGGAGGAAAUAGAGGAAGAAGAAGAGGAGGAGGUGUUGUACCAUCAAAGAAAAAGGGGAAGAGGAGAAGGAAGUGGAAGGAGGAAGAAAAUUAUGCCGGAGCAAGGAGUCGGCGUCAGCGAUAGCUUUGGCGUGUCGUCGUAUCAGGAUGGCGAGGACACCGCGGUGCCACUACAGAAGCGUCCCACCUACAUCCAGCCCAGCAUCAUGCCGCGUAAACAGUGGGUGGUGGUGAAAAGUGAACGCAUAGAGGACGAUGACCUCAUUGUAGUGUCUGGGGAGGAGGGAGGAGAAGAGGAGGAGGAUGAUGAAGAGAGGGAGCUGGAGCUGUCCAGGGAGAAGGACAGGACAGAUUUUAACAUCUCCAAUGUCAGGAGCCUUUCAGCGGAGCUGGCAGGCCGCUCUGAAAGUGAGAUGGAUGCACAGAUGGACUACUGCCAAUCCUCAGAAGACUACCUCAAGUACGAAGGAAACUUAAUGGACCAGACUUUAGCUCAGCACCUCCACGACAGCGCCACAGGUCAAAGCCAGAGCGCUAACCGUGCCAUGUCGGCACUGCUGGGUCAGGUUCAGUCUGCGGCGGCCGCCCGCGCUCAGCUCUUCCCUCUGGACAUGCAGGGGAACCAGAUCCUGCUCUACAGCCAGGCGUCUGGACUCGGCCUGGACGCCGCCUCAGCUCCUCUGGGAAUGACGGGUGGGAUGGUUGGAGGUGGAUCUUUCAAAAGUCCCACCAUGGAGCAUGGCGCCGUGCACUUAUCGGUGCAGAGUGGUUUGGCAGCAGAUGGGAUGGAAGCUGCAGGGAUCAGCGGCAGUGCUGGCACCAGCAGCAGCAGCGGCGGCAACACGGGAGGUUCUGGGAAGGUGUUCAUGUGCCACUGCGGCAAGACGUUCACCCACAAGAGCAUGAGGGACCGCCACAUUAACAUGCACCUGGACCUGAGGCCGUUCCAUUGUCCAGUGUGCGCCAAGAAGUUCAAAAUGAAGCAUCACCUCACCGAGCACAUGAAGACGCACACGGGUCUGAAACCGUACGACUGCCCCGGCUGCGGCAAGAAGUUCAUGUGGCGAGACAGCUUCAUGAGGCACCGCUCGCACUGUGACAGGCGCAGCGGAGCGAGAGACGGCAGAGAGGGCGGGUGCAGCGGCGAGGGAGGGAGGAGAGGAGGCGAGGAUGGAUCUGAUUUGAUGGCUGCAUCACACCUCCUGCUGUCUGCCAGCGAGGGAGGUCAGGGCGGCGUUCUGGGAGGAGCAGGAGGUGGGGGCGUUUCAUCAACGCAUCUGUCUGGCGCUGUUAGUGCACAGCAUCCAGUUGCUGGAAGUAGCAGCAGCAGCUCUGUAGUGAGCGGCGGCGCCGGCAGCGUGCUCUUAGGGGUCAUCUCUCAGAGUGCAGGUCAGGGGUCGGGGAUGUUCGCUGAUAUGGGUUUGGGUCGGAGUGUGUGCGAUGAUGACGUCUGUGAAGUCGGUGACCACGACAGCGUGGCUUAAACGUGCGUUUGCAAAAGCGGGCGCCGCUUUUCAGAGAGCUGCCGUGUUUCUGGUUACUGCUGUUUGUCAAAAUGUUGUAAAUGUGGAAGAACAGCGGCGCGGCGUUAAAACACUGCCAACCAUCUACACGAGAUGCAAAAACCAAUGAUCGAAAAGUAAUUGGAACUGUGACUGUGAUUAAUCUGCUGAUUGGUUUUUGUGAUCGUUUCUAUUAAUAAUACUCGGCUAGUACCCAUAAGGCACUAAGGGCUACGGUAAACUGACAUUUGACCCCAGUGACGUCAACCUUCACCCAUCUGAUUGACCUCUGCAUGACCUCGCGGAGGCAAAUUCGGUUGAAAUUGAGGAAUUGGACAACAGACAGAUAGAACCUUUGACUCCACGAUUGACAUUUGAUGAAUUUGACCAAGUCCAGUGUAACAGUAUACCUCCCCCCCACUCCACCCCACCCUGGAUAUCUUACCCACUCCCACUGAAAGGCAGCAUUCCUUCAGGGCAGCACUGAUUAAAGCUUACCCAAACCUUGGCAAGGCCCAGUCAGGAUAGAGCAACCUUUAAACUCUAGUUCUCACGGAUUUCUUAUGGUCCCAGAUGAGGCAGAUUGAUCGAUGUUGGUAUUCUUUCUGUAUCCAUCUACAAUAGU